AUGAACGCAAGCUACGGUAUGGACGAGUUACUAUUAGAGGUGUGUAAACUGGCCGAUACUAAAAAGGCCCGGGUGGUUAUCAAGGAGUCUCCGAAAGCAGGUGCCAUUUGUGGAGCCUCCGCCCUGAGUGUGACUGGUGCUUUGGUUAUGGCACCCGUGGGGUUGGCACCCUUGGGAUUGGCGUUGGGCGGUAUCAUCGGUGGCAUUACAGCAUUCGCAUUUACGAGGAACAAGUUCAAGCCGCUAAACAAAUUCAAGAAGCUAAGUGCGUUCAUAAUGGAGGAUUUGUCGCAAUGGGAGCGCCAAAAACUGAAGGAGCAUAUGAUAGCUGCACCAGAUCGGCUGCAGCAGCUGUAA